CGCGCUCCUGCUCCGGCUCCUCCAUCUUGGCCUCGGCAGUGGCGGCUGCCGGGAGGAUGUGCCGCCUUCUGGCAGGGGGAAGAAGGAGGAGAAGAUGAAGAAGUACCGGCGGGCCUUGGCCCUGAUCUCUUGCCUCUCCUUGUGCUCCCUGGUCUGGCUUCCCAGUUGGCAUGUAUGUUGUAAAGAGAGUUCUUCAACUUCAGCAUCAUCAUAUUACUCUCAAGAUGACAAUUGUGCUUUAGAAAAUGAAGAUGUACAAUUCCAGAAAAAGGAUGAAAGAGAGGGGCCUAUCAGUGCUGUGUUACUGGAAAAAUCAGGUUCAAAUUUGCCUGUUCCUCCAGAAGAACAUAAAUUAAAAGAUGACCACAUUGUGGAUUCACAAAAUACAAAGAAGUUAAGUGCAUCGAUAAUUGAGACACUCCCUGCAGUUGAUUUACAUGCAGAUUCUUCCAGUGUGGUUGUGGAAAGUGAAAAUGUUGAAAAUAUUUCCAGUUCAUCUACCUCAGAAAUCACUCCAGUCUCAAAGCUUGAUGAAAUAGAAAAAUCUGGUACUAUCCCUGUAGCCAAACCAAGUGAAACUGAACAAUCUGAAACUGAUUGUGAUGUUGGUGAGGCCCUUGAAGCAAAUGCUCCUGUUGAACAACCUUCCUUUGUCAAUCCAUCAGAAAGCCUUGUUGGCCAACAUAUAGAAAAUGUUUCAUCUUCACAUAGCAAAGGAAAGAUAACAAAGUCUGAAUUCGAAUCAGAAGUUUCAGUAAGUGAGCAGGAUGAUGGCAAUCCAAAAUCUGCCUUGAAUACUUCAGAGAAUUUAAAAAAUGAGAGUUCUGAUUAUACAAAACCAGGAGAAGUUGACCCUACAUCUGUAGGAAAUCCGAAAGAUCCAGAAGAUAUACCUACGUUUGAUGAAUGGAAAAAGAAAGUUAUGGAAGUAGAAAAAGAAAAAAGUCAGUCAAUGCAUCCAUCUUCUAAUGGAGGUCCACAUGCCACCAAAAAGGUCCAGAAAAAUCGAAAUAACUAUGCCUCAGUAGAAUGUGGUGCCAAAAUUUUGGCAGCUAAUCCAGAAGCCAAGAGUACAUCUGCUAUUCUUAUAGAAAAUAUGGACCUUUAUAUGUUGAAUCCUUGUAGCACUAAAAUUUGGUUUGUUAUUGAACUUUGUGAACCAAUUCAAGUAAAACAGCUUGAUAUUGCAAACUAUGAAUUAUUUUCUUCUACUCCUAAAGACUUUCUCGUUUCCAUCAGUGACAGGUAUCCCACAAAUAAAUGGAUUAAGCUGGGUACUUUCCAUGGUAGAGAUGAGCGGAAUGUCCAGAGUUUCCCUUUAGAUGAGCAGAUGUAUGCAAAAUAUGUGAAGAUGUUCAUCAAGUACAUAAAGGUGGAGUUGGUAUCACAUUUUGGAUCAGAGCACUUUUGUCCAUUAAGCCUUAUAAGGGUAUUUGGCACUAGCAUGGUGGAAGAAUAUGAAGAAAUUGCUGAUUCCCAGUACCAGUCAGAGCGUCAAGAACUAUUUGAUGAGGACUAUGAUUAUCCACUAGAUUAUAAUACUGUAGAGGAUAAAUCUUCAAAAAAUCUUCUUGGUUCUGCUACAAAUGCCAUUCUAAAUAUGGUGAAUAUUGCUGCUAAUAUUCUGGGAGCAAAAACUGAAGACUUGACAGAAGGAAAUAAAAGUGUAUCUGAGAAUGCCACCACCACAACUGCACCUAAAAUGCCUGAAUCAACUCCUGUUUCAACUCCUGUUCCGUCACCUGAGUACAUAACCACUGAAGCUAUUCAGGACACAGAGCCAUCAUCACCAGAUACUCCAAAAGAGAGUCCCAUUGUACAGUUAGUUCAAGAGGAAGAAGAGGAGGCAAGUCCAUCGACAGUGACUCUUCUGGGCAGUGGUGAACAAGAAGAUGAAUCAUCACCAUGGUUUGAGUCAGAGACACAGAUAUUUUGCAGUGAACUGACCACGAUUUGUUGUAUUUCUAGUUUCUCAGAAUACAUUUAUCGAUGGUGUUCAGUUAGAAUUGCUCGUUAUCGGCAGCGCAGCAGAAUUGCUGUGAGUAAAGGAAAAGAUUUAGCUCAACCACAGUUACUGCUUCCUGCAGAAACAGUAGAUGUUUCAGUAUUGCACCCACUGAGUGGAGAAUUGGACCGUAAGAGUGUGGACAAGGAAGCUGAAACUAUUGUUCUUGGUGACUUAAGUAAUAUGCACCAAGCUGAUUUGAUGAAUCACACUGUAGAUGCAAUAGAACUUGAACCGAGCCAUCCUCAAACUCUUUCUCAGUCUCUUCUCUUGGAUAUUACUCCAGAAAUCAAUCCAUUAUCUAAAAUAGAAGUGUCUACGUCUGUUAAACAUGAGACAGAACAUAUACCAUCCCAAGUGAUUCCUCAAGAAAGUUCUGUUGAGGUUGAUAAUGAAACAGAAAAAAAGUCUGAGAGCUUUAGUUCUUUGGAGAAGCCAUCUGUUAUCCUUGAAACAAAGGUUCAUGAGAUGAUGGAUAAUAUUGUGAAAGAAGACAUGAACUCUGUGCAGAUUAUCACAAAACUAACUGAAACAGUAGUGCCACCCAUGAAUACAGCCACUGUGCAGGACAGUGAAGAUGGGGAAGCCAAAAUGAACGUAGCUGACACACCAAAGCUAGUUUUGACUCCUGUUGCGGAUUCUUCAUUGCCUGAAGUAAAAGAAGAAGAACAGUCUCCAGAAGAUGCAAUUCUGAGAGGCUUACAGAGGACGGCCACAGAUUUUUAUGCUGAAUUACAAAAUUCUACAGAUCUAGGAUAUGCUAAUGGAAAUCUUGUACAUGGAUCAAACCAAAAGGAGUCAGUAUUUAUGAGACUUAAUAAUCGUAUUAAAGCGUUAGAAGUUAACAUGUCUCUCAGUGGUCGCUAUCUGGAGGAGCUUAGCCAAAGGUACCGAAAACAAAUGGAAGAAAUGCAAAAGGCUUUUAAUAAAACAAUAGUGAAACUUCAGAAUACUUCAAGAAUAGCUGAAGAACAGGAUCAACGGCAAACUGAAGCCAUCCAGUUACUACAAGCACAGCUGACCAACAUGACACAGCUUCUUUCAAACUUAUCAGUAACAGUAGCAGAGUUAAAGCGGGAGGUUUCAGAUCGACAGAGCUAUCUUGUCAUAUCUUUGGUUCUCUGUGUUGUCUUGGGACUGAUGCUUUGUAUGCAGCGUUGUCGAAACACUUCACAAUUUGAUGGCGAUUAUAUUUCAAAACUUCCUAAAAGUAAUCAGUAUCCAAGCCCUAAAAGGUGUUUUUCUUCCUAUGAUGAUAUGAGUUUGAAAAGAAGAACUUCAUUCCCACUCAUCAGAUCCAAGUCUCUACAGUUAACUGGCAAAGAAGACCCAAAUGAUUUGUACAUCGUAGAACCUCUCAAGUUCUCUCCAGAAAAAAAGAAGAAACGCUGUAAGUACAAAACUGAAAAAAUUGAGACCAUAAAGCCUGCAGAUCCAUUGCACCCUAUCGCCAAUGGAGACAUAAAAGCAAGAAAGCCCUUUACGAACCAGAGAGACUUUUCCAAUAUGGGAGAAGUUUAUCACUCUUCUUAUAAGGGUCCUCCAUCUGAAGGAAGCUCAGAAACUUCAUCACAGUCAGAAGAAUCCUAUUUUUGUGGCAUUUCAGCUUGCACAAGUCUGUGCAACGGACAGUCCCAAAAGACAAAAACUGAAAAGAGGGCUUUAAAACGAAGGCGAUCUAAAGUCCAAGACCAAGGAAAACUGAUAAAGACUCUAAUACAGACUAAGUCGGGAUCAUUGCCGAGCCUGCAUGACAUAAUCAAAGGAAACAAAGAGAUCACUGUGGGAACAUUUGGUGUUACAACCGUCUCGGGACAUAUCUAAAAUUAAUUGAACUUUUCAUACUGGAGACAUUUUUGUUGUUCUUUGAAGAACAGUCUGUGGUAUUUGAAGGGUUUGGGGAGGGAGAAAAUAUCAAUGGGAAAAGUAUUCAGAAAUUAUGGUUUUUGCCUUUUAACAAGUAGACAGGAUUGUGUCAAUCUUGAUUAAUGAGCUGCAGUUUUACGAGGCUGAUCACUUCCUACAAAGACAAUGGUAGACAUUUUAUAAAGAUGUUUUUCAUAGAUUAAUUACUGGGACAUAAGUAAUUUGGAAGCCCAGUCCCUUGGGUGGGAUAGGAAUGAAAGCCUAAACCUCUUCCUUUAGCUUUGUUCCUAUUUCUUGCACCUUCCCAUAUUUAUGUGCCUUUUGUCUAUUUAUAAUGCCACUGGAAGAGGAGGAAGAAAUUUUUCUGUCAUUUGAUUUCUUUUAUAACUUUGUUAGUCUUUUGAAGCUGCAAACACUACAAGGCUUUAAGGUGGUCUGUGCCUGAAACUCAGCAAUGUGGGUCAGACAGUGAAAAUCCUAAAGACUUGCCAACUAGAUCUCUUUUAAAGCAAACUCACAAGAAAUACACUUUCUGGAACUUUAAAGUCUAUUCUAGAUAAAUGGUGAUGAUGUUAAUGUUAUUUUCAUUUAAUUUAGUCAUGCUGGAUUACUUCUUUAUUACUCGCCAACUUAAAAUGAGGAAACAAGCGAAAAAACCAAACUACUAGAUCUUUUCUUGCAAAUGAUUGGUAUUUACAGAUGGAUUUUUGGUAGAUUCAUCUUGAAUCACAUUUAAUUGUUUUUUGAAGGUUUUCUUUAGCUACAUUACAUUUUAAGCAUUCACAAUAAACACUAAAUCCUCCAAACUUUUAACAUCAUUAUUUUCUAUUACUACAAAUAUAAAACUUUGAACGUUGGCAAACAACUUCAGGUCUUAUGAAAUAAUCACUGCCUGUGUAUAGAUUCACAUAACCAGCCUAGUGAGUUUGUCAGUCCUUGUCUAAUUGGUCAAGUCUAAAGGGAUUAUUAUUCCUUGAUGUUUGCUUUGUUUUGGCUACAAAUGUGCAGAGAUAUAUGUUUGUGAUGUCACUGUGUCUGUUUUCAUAUGUCUUUUUUUUUUCUUUAAAAAAUAAUUGGCUGUGACUAUAUUUGAAUAAAAUGAUUUUUUUUUUAGUGUGUGAUUAUACGGUAAUAAGUGAACGUGGAACACGUUUCUUUUUGGAAGGGAGAAAAUUGACCAUUUUGUGUUGUAAGAGAUUUAAGUUAUAACUUAUUGAGCACUUUUAGUAAUAACUGUUUUUAAACUUGUCUAAUACCUUUAUUUUGGGGUAUUGUUUAUAAUGUGACUUAUUUAAAGCCUUUUUUGUUUAAGUUGCUGCUUUAGUUUAAAAGUAUGUUUUUGAAGAUUAAAAAACAAAUUUUUUUUCCAGUCUGCACAAUUUAGCCGUUCAGAGCAAGAGGGUCUGAUUGUAUAGAAGCCCCUUGAAAAGAGGUCCAGAUGAGAGCAGAGUGGGAAGUUGCACCAUCUGUGUGUUGUGGAAACAGGACUUUGAAUAUGUAACUACAGAGCUGUAGUGCCAUUAGAAACUGUGAAUUUCCAAAUAAAUCUGAACACUUGUCUUUAUUAA